AUGACCGGCUUGAUCCGCACCCAGAUCCAGCAACUUAUUGAUGAGUUUGUCUGUGCAAAUCCGCUCUCCAAAGCGGCAUAUGAACGCGCCUGCAAUGUCCUUCCGGCCGGGAAUACUCGCUCCGUCCUCUCGUCGGAACCCUACCCUCUCACUCUAAAGUCUGGUCACGACGCGUACGUGACAUCCGUAGAUGGCCGGGAGUAUAUCGACUUUGUGUCUGAUUUCACAGCGGGCCUAUACGGACACUCGCAUGAGCAUAUACAGCGGGCGAUCACGGACGCGUUAGCCACAGGGUUCAGUCUCGGUGGCGUCAUUGAGAAAGAAGCGCAGCUCGGAGAGAUCCUCCAGACCCGGUUCAAGAGUAUCGAACGGGUGCGCUACUGCAAUUCGGGGACCGAGGCGAAUACGUUUGCCCUAGCCACGGCGAGGGCGUUUACUGGGCGGAACAAGAUCCUCGUAUUUGACAGUGGCUAUCACGGCGGAACGAUCAGUUUCCACGGCACGCUGGGCAACCCAAUGAACCUCCCGCACGAAUUCGUGGUCGGUAGCUUCGACAACAUCGAGCAAACACGACCGUUGAUCGACGAAACUCUAGCCGCAAUCCUCGUCGAGCCCAUGCAGAUGGCCGGGGGCGUGCGACCCGCCUCCGUGCAGUUCCUCCAGUUCCUACGCGACUCCGCCACGGCCGUCGGCGCAGUCGUGAUUUUCGACGAGGUUGUGACGUCCCGGCUUCACUAUCAUGGUCUCCAGGGAGCUCUCGGGGUGUAUCCCGAUAUGACCACCCUGGGGAAGUAUCUCGGCGGUGGCUUCUCCUUUGGUGCGUUUGGUGGACGUGCCGACAUCAUGGAAAUGUUCGACCCUGCUGUGCGCGGGGGCAACGUACUUCACCAUAGCGGUACGUUUAACAACAACGUCUUUACCAUGACGGCGGCUGUGGCUGCCGCAGAGCUAGUCACAGAGCCGGCACUGAGGGAGCUAAACCGGCUGGGUGAUUGUUUGCGAGUGAAGGCGAAUACCAUUAUCCAGCAAGCGGGAGUUGAGAACAUGGUGUUUGUUGGCUACGGGAGCACAGUGGGCAUUGGGUUCGUGGGGGAGCUCGGUCCUCCCCUGCGCGAAAUGUUUUACUUCACCUUGCUGCAGCAGGGCAUUCUUAUCGGCCGUCGGGGAUUUCUGUGUGUGAAUCUGGCGCAUACGUACGCCCAGGUGGAGCGAUUCUUGGACGUUCUGCAGCGCUUUGUGGCGGAGUGGGCACCUAUCCUGAAGGAAAUAUAG